UCAUUAUUAUCAGCUAAAAUUGGUCCGGGGCCCGAGGGGACCGAAAUGUUUGUGACAGAUAUACCGCGUAACGGCCUGGCCUAUAUAUACCACGAACGAGUACCACGAAUGAUGGAGAAAGAGAAUCAAUGAAUCUGAACAGCCCUACAUUUGAGGGUCCGGAUUUCCAGGUUGUUCGUAAAAAGACGAGACACAGUUCUCGAAAAGGACAACCUCGAACACGAGAUGUUUCCAAGUUCAUACAGUCUGCACUUGUUGAUCACCCCUCGACCUCUGACCCCCUUGCUUCGCCCUCCAGACCGUCCAAAGACAAGCAGAAUCUUGCUAAGAGAGCAGCUCCUAGUGGUGUCAACUCGAGCAGCAGGAAAAAGGCUAAAAAAGGGUCACAUGACUGGAACCAAUUGUUCUCUGAGGUGAAGUGGCCGGGGCUGGAUGAGGGGGAGGAGAACUUCGAAUCCUCCGAUAUUGAAUCAUACAGUGACAAUGACCCGAGAGAUGUGGCGCAUUUAGACAGUGCAGACAUAGUGACUGACAGUGAUGGAGCAGCUACCGAUGGAGUGGUGGAGGGCACUGUGGACAGAGCUAACAAGUGGAGGAGGACUAUGGACCUGCUACACACAUCAACACUACGGCAGCAGAGUGACGUGGUGGCUAUGGAUUAUAUCAGUGAUUUCGAGUCCAAUCACACCAGUGAUAACGAUACCCUCUCCCCACCUUAUACUCCCCCCAAUUCCACUCUCCACACUCCACCCACUCACAAGCCCACACUCCACUCAACUGAUGGCGAGCUUCUCACUUCCACUCCUCCCAUUUCCCCUGAGGCAAAUCUUGACCACACUCUCUGUAGGCCUAAAACUAGUGACUGGCUUAAGGGAGUCUCUCUGGAUACUGACGCUACCAGUGUGGGGGAGAGUGAUCUCAGUAGUGCCAUCAAGACACCUCUAGACUCGGCCAAGAAGAUUGGCAGUCGUCGAGGACGACGUCGGUACGUGGAGGGUGGUCUGGCAGAACAGCUCGAGAGAGUGGUCCAGAGAGAAGGGGUUGAGGUCACCUUCUGGGAACACAGAGUCAAGACUCUGCACGAGAGUGAUGUCGAUACCUCCAGUUGCCUCACUGUCCAAGUCCUGGCGCUGGUCAACUGCUACUCCCUCUUUGUUGCCUCCUGUCAUCUGACACAGGGUAACCCUUCUCUUCAGACUACACUCCUUAAUGCCCCACCUGUUGUGAUAGUUGUGCUGUUCUCUCUGCAAUGUGCCAAGAGCCUCAAUCUGAGGGCUGGUAGUCGAGUCAGGAUACACCCUCCAUGGCAGUGUUUGAGUCUGUCCUCCCCCUCCCAAGAGGUAGUGCUCUGUGCUCUGUUCUGUCAGCCCCUGGAACACGCCCCUUCACUGACCAUGCCGACUUCCCCUGUCCCCUGUAAGCUCAGGGGCUCUCUCUCUGUCUCCUCACACCUCACGUCACCAGUACCAGACAGCAGUGCACUCACACUCUCACCAGUCAAGUCUUUAUUGCUUAAGCCGGCGAAGGACAGGCACCCCACUCCCCUGCCAGCUAGUACUGCAUCAUCGGUCCAGGCCACCAAAGGCCUUCCAGAGGUUCCCACCCUAUUGUUGGACGCUAUUGAGCAUGCCCAGUGCGGGAUGGUGGGAGGAGUCACAGGGAGGGUGGUGCGAGUGUAUCGGAGGAAGAGGCAACAGCUAAUCAGGACUGUACAGAAUGAUCACAAAGACAACCAACCGUCUACAGCUCGAAGGACUCUGUUAUACAGCAACAAGAUCAGAGGGUCAAAGUUCACCUGGUGCCUGCUCCUCUGUGAUGCAGCUGGGUUGUUUUCUGAGAUACAACUCCCGCAGCAGCUCGAGAGUGAAUGGUCUGGCUUAGUGGAAACAGGAGAGAGGGAGGUAGUCCAUUUCACCGACCUCAAGCUACUCAGGAGAGCCAACAACACUAGGAGUCCUGAGCUGAUCUCCCUGAUCUCCUCCCUCAAGCUCUACCCACCACUGUCACCACUAGUCAGUAACUCUCAGACAACCUUCUCGGCUUUUCCCCCGUCUUUUUGUUACAUCCUCCAGGCCAGUGUCACCAGUCUUCCCCUCACAGCAUCACAAGGUCUGGGUGAGAAAUUGCCUAGCCUGAGUAGAGAGAGUCAGUCACCAACUAGACUGGAUCUACUGGGUAGAGUGCUAUACUAUGGCCAGGAGUACUCAAAAAAAGAAGAUUCUACUCAUCUUCAAAAACUCCAUUCUUCCAGUUUUGGUGGAUACCUCCACCUCCUCACCCCUUCAGCCCUCACACCCUCACCACCCACACAUCCAGACCCCACACUGGUGACAGUUUACCUCAAGGCGAGCUUCUCCAUUGACGGACUUGAAGACACCCUUUCCACACCCGGAGCAGAGCUGCUCCUCAGAGAUGUGUGCAGAGAUAGUAAUGGUGUGGCCGGGCUUACAAUAGAUGCGUGUGCACUGAUUGUCCCUCUAACCACGUCAAUGAGAUCAGAAGUUUACCCGUUGGUUUCUCCGAGUGAUGACGAGCUGUCCCGUCUCCACGCUCUCACACCACCCACACUCCCCCACCUGCACUCUGACAAUGCUCGUCCGGGGAACCUCGUGGCCCUUAACGGCAAGGUGGUUGGUGUGGAUGAGGAAAAUGCAUACUCAUGGCCAGCUUGUGACCUCUGUGGAAAUGAGCAGCUCUCUGAUAAUAAAAGUGACAGUGAGCUUCAUUGUGAUCAAUGUGUAAGAAAAGUCCUCAUGCCAGACACACACUUACGUUUGGCAGUGUUCCUGAAAUGUAAAGGCUUGCAAAAUGCUCGGAUUCAUGUCAUGCUCCUCCAGUCUACUGUCAAGAAGAUAUUACCACUCUCAACUUCUAGUAUUGAAAAUGGUUAUGAUAUCCAUUAUGUUCUGGGAAAGUGGGUGGAGCUUCCCUCAUCCUGUAUAGACGAUGUUAUUCACAAUGCCGAUGGAACUGUACUGCUGAGACUGACCGAAAUCGAAAUUCACUUUUAAGAGAUAAUUAUUACAUUAUAAUUAUUAUUAUAAGUAUUAUGAACUUUACCUCAACCCGUACUACCAAAGUAAAAACAAAGAGCCUCGACGUAUAGCAAGCAAAAGUUAUACUAAUUUAUUCUAUCACUUAUAAUCAUCAACCAUGCAAGAGUCUCUGGGUCUCUAUAAUAUUAUUAUUGAUUUUUAUAAUCAUUGUAGCAAAAACUGCCGUUUCAUUUCUUAUACUAUAAUUAUGAUCAUGAACUUAA